AUGAGUAGCAACAACAACAACACUUCAAGUAUGACCAUGACCAUGAUGGAUCAAUUAAUCUCCUCUCAAGAACGUUCUCUAAUUCAACAAUUAAAAAAUCAAUUAUUCGAUCCAGCUUUGGCCACUCGACUCAUUCCGAAUCAAGAAUCUUCUUCCUUUCCGCAAGAAUCUUCAACAAACAUUUCUCUCAAAACAAUGAAUGAUUUAUGGAAUGCAUUAAAUCAAUUUAUUUCUAAAUCAGAAAUACAUCCAGAUUUGUUUUACGUGAGAUGGUUGAGAGCUACCAAUGGAGAUGUAUCAAAAUCAAUGAAUUCAAUCAUUGAAUUGAUUAAAUGGAGAGAAAGAAUUCAAAUUGAAAAAUUAACAUCUUCACAUUUUGAUUCCAUCUUUACAAAGGUGGAAAAUUUUGUGUACUUGAUGGGACAUGACAAAGAUGGAUCUCCGACCAUUUGUUUGGAAAUUGAAAAAUUUGUUCCUGGUUCCUUACCCUAUGAACAAUUAGAAAAAGUAGUAGGAUUUGUAUUGGAAAUUGUGACACAUGAAUUGCGUAUUAAAUCACAAGGAAGGUUAGAGAGAUUUGUUGUAUUGAUUGAUUAUUAUAAUUGGGGGUUGUCAUUGGUAGAUACAAAGCUUGAUAAGGCAAUUUUAGGGACUUGUCAGAGUUAUUUCCCUGAACGAUUGAAAUUAGCUUGUUUGAUGAGAGCACCAUGGCUAUUUUCAACAGCAUAUGCAGUUGUUAAAGUCUUUUUGGAUGAAAAGACAACUGAAAAGAUUGCUUUUGUGAGUGAGAGUGAAAUUCCAACAGAAUUGAGAAAGAGAUUUGAUGAACAUAUUUUGUUAGAAAAAUAUGGAGGAAAGUCACAAAAGAAACAAACCAUUAAGGAAUAUUUAAGCACUUUUUUGGGUCCAAACGAAACAUUGGAAGAAUAUUAUGCAAAGAGAUUAUCUUUUUUACAACAAUAG